AUGGCCUUCCCCUUGCCGCGGGGCAUCACGCCCUCGGAGAUCGCCUUUCUUGCGGAGAUGGAAAUGGUGACUAUCAUGCCUCGCCAAAGGCUCGAGGGUCUCGAAUUACUUGGGGGUCCCAUCGAGCCGAUAGUCCCGCCAAGACGUGCCUCUCUUCCUCUCUGGCUUGCGCUUCUUCUCAAGCGCCAGCGCCGUGCAAAUAUUUUACCUCCAUCGUGGCUUCACCCUGGGUCUCUCGAACUGAUUCUCGAUAUUGAGGCCCACCAUAAUGACUACAGGCAUGCGUUCUCCCCGCCACCCCCACUACCAGGCCAGCCGAACGUCAGAGAGCUCGCUCGUGGACAUGAACCAGUGGCUCGGCCUCAAUACACACCUGACGGAGAACGAUACUUCGCAUCUCCUCCAUUCCUGCCGCAGAAUGCGGCCGAGUCGAACUUCGAUCCCACUCAAGUCCCUUCAUUACCUUUCCAUUGGGUUGAGAUCAGCAGUAUGUUGCUCGACGCGGCGAGCGAUGACUUGACCGAUCCCGACCAGAUAAGACGGCUCUUGAAGGAUAUCCGCGAGGUGCGCAUGGCAAAAAUGAGAGCUGGGGUGGAUGUCCUGGAUGCUGCUGCUACGGGAGGCGGAGGUGUUGCAUUGACCGGCGUUGGUGCGAUGGAGCUGGGCGAGGAGCGCGGGUUCUUGUCUGGUGCUGUAGACAAUCUCAGGAAAAUUGGGGCAUCAAAGGAACAAGCGCGACGCGAGCAAAUGGCGGAACAGCGUGCGAAUGGCGGGUAUGACGCUACCCAGGAUGAAGAGGAGGACUAUAUGGAGUUCUGA